GCUAUUUCGACAUUGUCUGCUUGAGCAUUAAAAGCAAGGAGGUUAAUUAAAAGCUCCGUUUUUAAAAGUAUCUAGAUGUAACAAGUUAAUUAAAUGUUAAAUAUUAAUUAUUUUUACAGUAUGUAAAUUCAUAUGAUGAACAGUAUAUCAGAAAUUAUGAUUUAUUUGGGAAAUAUAAAAAUGUAUACCCUGGCGAAAAAAAACAGAAAAAUUUAAGCAAAUUUAUGAUAUCCUCUUACUUUAAUAAAUUUUGCAGUGAGACACUUUCGCUAGGUAUUCCUAUUAUCAGAUUCGAAAUUCAGAAAAGAAAUGACUGAAUAUUAAUAAACUCAACCGGCUUGAAAUGAAAUAAUCUUACAUUAACGAUUACUAAACAUGUCUUCAAGGUUACUUAAGCAGACUGGAAGCAAACGGAAACAAAUGAGUAGGAAAGGGCAGAGAAACCAAGUUUCUGAUACAAAAGCUAAGCAUGAAAUAGAAACAGAUUCAAAAGGCUUGAUGUCAGAACUUGAGAAAGAAAUUUAUGCAAUAAAAAUAAAUGAACUGGAGACUAAACUGACAAGGAGAAAACAAAUGUGUAUAUGUAUGGAAGAAGAAGAAACUUUUUAUAAUAGUAAGUACAAAGAGAAGAAAAUAGUUAAAAAGGAGAGUAUGAACCUUUUAAAUAAAGCCUAUCAAGAAUUUUUUACUGAAACAGUUCUCUUGGAAAAUGAAUUAAAUGGAAUGGAAUAUUACUAUGAACAGCUAUUAAAGAAAAAGGAAAUUUUUUUAGAUGCUAGAAAGCGAGUUGAGAGAUUAACUGAACUUGAACAUAGAUUAGAGCAGCAGCUGAGUGAAGCAGAAAAAUAUUCAAGUGAAGUUAAACUUCUGGAAUUGAAGUUAGCAAAGUUAGUACGAGAAGUUUCUAAGAGAAAUGAGUGUUUCAAAAAUGAAAAUGAAUACUUGAACAAGAUAUACUUAGAUUUUGUUGAAAGAUUACAAUCAGAUAUGACUACAACUGUAGACAACAUGAUUGCAUAUAACUUCUUGAAGUCUGAUGUGUUGCCAUUGCCAUAUCAGGCUUUAUUUUUUAGUGGGAUGUUAGGAAGUUUUUGGCUGAAAUCUACACUUGAACAAUGUGAAAAUCUCUUAAAACAGCAAAAUGAUAUUAAAAUUGAGUUUGAUUGCAUUGAGAAUCAAAGAAAGUGUGUUCAAGGAAUAUUGAAAGAACAGUUAUUUGAAGCAACGCUUCAUUUACAAUUGAAAGAAUUGAAAGAGCCUACAACUGAAGAUAUCAGUAAACUUAAUUUUGUGCAAAAUAAUAAGAUGAUUAUCCAGCUGGAAGCAGAAAAGAAUAUCCAAAAAGAACUUCAGAGUUUCAGAAAAAAAUGCUUGCUACAAGAGAGACAAAUAGAAGAGUUAGAGCAAAAAGCAGAACAACUGGAAAAGGAAUUAAAUCUUCUGGGAAAUCUCAACAAGUAUGAUAAAAAAAAUAGUCAGCUUCUGGAAAUUAUUAAAGAAGCCAGAGAUGUUAUCAAGAAAUAUCUGGAAGUAAACUAAAUGUGUUUGUUUUCAAUUUGUGGAUUUGGUACCUUGGCAAGAUAGUAUUGGCACUUAACUUAGAAGAAAUAUUUGUUGCAAACCUUGAUCCAGUGGGAAGAACUUAUCUUGAAUAAUGAAGUCUUUUUUUUAUUACAUAAAUGCAUGUAGCAGUAAUUUAUGACAGAAUAGUAUCAUAACAAAUUUUUCUCUUUUUUUCUAUUGCUGACAUUUUGAAUAGCUUGUUCCAAAUGUAUGAUUUCAUUUCUGUAUCUUAAUUUUUCUGGUAGGCUUCUUAUAGUUAUUUGGUUUAAAUUAUUUCUUUCAAAAUGGAAUUUGCAUAUGAAUAUCUAAUUGCAAUUUUUGAAUUAUUUUAUUAAUUUUCUGAUUUUGAUGGUAAAUUCUUCAAGAUGUUAGGAUCAAGGAUUUUUUCAAAAUUCACUUUAGAUGUUUUUUAAUUUAACAAAAAAUUUUUCCCAUAUAUCUUUGUCUAACAAAUAAACAAAAUAUCUCUGAAAUUUACUUUUUGUACCAUCGAAGGGAGCGAAAAAACCAUUUAAAUAAAUUUGUAUCAAAAUUUUGAUGUCAUUUCUAAUUUUUUUGGUAAAUUUUUUAAAACCGCUCAAUUUUUUACAGCUGUUUGAUAUUUCCAAUUUUGAACUUUUCACAGAUUAGAAAAUGAACUCUUCGCCCUCUUCUAAAACAAAAAUGAUAAAAAAUAUUAAUAUUAUUUUAUCUACACUUUUCUAAAAUUACGGUGCAAUGUGAAACAGAAGGGGGAAUAUUGCUUCUUUCUUUGGCAUUGCCAGGAAAUGUAGUUUUGAGGUAAUGAUGUCAUUUUUAAUUUAUUAACAUUUUGAGCUCUUGUAUAAUAAAUAGUUUGCAUUAACAGCAUGAUGUCACUCAAGGGCUGAUAACAUGACCAUCACUCUAUGGUUUUGAUUACUUCCAGUAUAAAAGCUGAAAUUAAAGUUUUUACUCAUCAUUCAUCAUUAUUUAGUAUUUUCUUCACAAAGUUAUGUUUUUGGUUAAUUUAGUUCAGUGUAUUUUUGAUGUAUAAUGCCUGCUAUUUACACAUCAAGAACUUUGGCAUAGAUUUUACUUUGUCUCAGUAUUUGUCUCAGUUUACUUUGUCUCAGUCUUUCAGUCAAAAUUACUUAAUCAAUAUCCAAGGUUAAUCAUUUUUUGUCAUUAAAAAUCAGUUUUCUGACACUGAAAUACAUAUUUUCAUGGUUACAGUUGGACCUCUGAUUACGGAAAGCUAAUUAAAUUAUCAAAUAUGUGUAUUGACACUUGUUAAUUUUUCAAUAAACUGAUACUACAGAUAACAUUUGGUGACUUUCCGUGAAACUUGGAGAAAUAUUUAAUAAAUCUUGCUUUGUAUAACAGUAGUGUAUUAUCAAAAGCUUCUUGAACCUUCUUUAUGAUUUUGGAUUAUGUUUAAAAAAUCCCUAAGAGACAUUGUAUUAAAUUCUAAUAUGCACUACAAUAAUAUUGCUUGAAUCUCUUCAAUUUUCACUUCAGGAAAUAAAUUAUGGUGAACUUUUGAUACAUGGUUACAAAUACAUGCUACUCAGUAGUGAAUUUACUAAGUAUGAUGAGAGAUAUUUUCAAAAUCCAGAGAAUUAAGAAGUUUUAAAAUGAAUAAAUAUUAGAUGAAGAAUAGCUAAUUUAUAUAUAUUCAUUAAAUAAAAAAUAUUGUACCAUAUAUUCGAACAUAUAAUGCAUACUUUUAACAGAGAAAAUAAGACUGAAAUUUGUGGCUGCAUGUUAUACGCUGAAUAUAAAAAUGAUAAAUUUAAAAAUUCGGAAAAAAUAAGCAUACAAAAAUUAGAUUUCUACAUGUGCCUAAGUGCUCUUUGUUUUAAAAGAAAUGACAUAGCUUAUGAACUUAAAAAAAUUUUUAUUAUUGGAUAACAUGAAAUGUUUGUUUGUCUUCUGUUAUAGCUUCAGCCACGUCAUCGAAUUCUGUUUCAUCUUCACCAUCAAUGUUACUCUG